UGCAAAUUUUUCUUUCUCUUCUCCUCAAUCCUCCGCUCCUCCUGCGGCUUCCCUUCCACCUUCUCACCAACGCCACCCACACUGCGAGCUCGCUGCGGACUACAUUCCAGCAGCAGCACGCGUCCGUCUCACGACCUACAAUCCCAUCCUUCCCGACCGGCACGAUGCCCGCCACUCCAGCCCACUCCUCCGGCAGCAUGGAGUCUGCAUACUCGCCACCCUCCAGCACUUCAUCCCAGUCCCCUACCCGAUACACCUACGACAGUCCCACCCGCCAGAUAUAUGCGGAGACCAAUCGACGCCGUCGCCGCUCGAACCAGCGUGCCCUGGAAAUGAUUGACAGCCCGUCCCGACAACUCAUCCACGAAUUCGGCCAGAUGCUCCUCCACAAGGAGGCCAAUCACAAUAUGCGCCUCGACGUUGCUUCUGCCAACUAUGCCAAGUCACAAGAAGAAGUUCUGGCCGCUGCCGCGGAUGAGCAUGCUCGUAUUCUCAAAUAUGCAGAGGCCGAACUCCGGAUCGAGCUCAUGGAGCUAGAGAGACAACGAAUUGCCGCAGAGAUUGAGCAAUCCCGUCGCGACGAGGCAAAGCGAAUCGAACUUCUACGCAUCAAGCGCCAGGAGGAGGACGAAGCAUAUGAGAAGAAACGAAGGGAGGCUGCCGAACAGGCAGAACGAGAGCUACGCGAGAAGAAGCAGAAGGAGGAUGAAGAGAAGGAAGCCCGGCGCAAAGCCGAAAUCGAAGCUGAGCAGAAGAGACAAGCCGCCCAAGCCGAAGCCGAAGCCGAUAGACAAGCUAAGGCUGCAGCAGAUGCAGAAGCCGCAGAGAAAGCUAGGCAGGCUACUCUACAGGCCCAGCAAGCCCAACAGUCCUUCCAACCGCCGACUGCAGCCCAAUCUUCUGCAACUCCGCAGCAUCCACAGCUGUCUCCGUCCACUCUGACUGCAACUCUCCUGGAGCGCAAGACUGCGGAACUUGCUGCUCGUGAAGCCGAACAUAAGCGCUAUCUUGAUCUUCACAAGGCACUGAAGACGUUCAGGGAGGACGUGGAGGCUCAUCACAAGAGGCAAUCCACAGACCGCGAUGCUCUAGGCAAUAUCCGACGACGAGUGACAGCCGAGAUGGGCAAGGUCAGCGCCAACAAGCAAUCCAACGCGAAAGCUGCCGCUUCAGUUCGUGGAAUUCUCCGAGACGGAGUCUCAUCCAAAUUCUCCUAUAUGUCAACGGUUGAUAUACGCAAAUACAUUGUCCAACCUAUUCCGGCGAUUUCCCAGGACUCAGAAGCACAAUAUCCCACAAUGCUCUUAUAUCUACUCAACAUCUUCGCCAAGCGCAUUGUGGCCCAGUUCAUUUCAGAGGGAAUCAAGGACUUCAAUCCCAUCGACCCGAUUGGACUCAUGGCCGUUUCCAUCUUCUCAGAUGACGAGUUCAAAUGGAAGGGCGUCUCCAUGUUCGAUCUGAUGCUUGCUAAGCUGCAUGCACAAUGCCCUGUCCUCUACGGAAUCUACGGCCGUGAGAACACCGAGCGGGGCCGAGAACGCCUUGGUUGGCACCGCGAGGGAGGCGAAUGGGACGACACGACUGUUCACAUGGAUAAGAUGCUAGCUCUUGGUGCCGGAUUUGCCUCUAUGACUCUACGUCAAUUCAACAAGAAAAUUCCCCCGAUCCAGGCGAAUGAGUUCUGGCGCGCUUUGGAGUGCAUCGUCAAUGUCUCGUCGGAAGAAGUUACUGCCAGCCACUACUACGCUCUGCAGGGUAUGCUAAAGGGCUUUGUGGAGAAGUUCCUGGUUCAGUUUGGGCCAGAGGCGGUAGUAGCCCUGAAAAUGGCAGUGAUCGAUUUCCCGAAGAGGGUCACCGACAAGACGCCCAACGCGGAGUCAGUACGCACUGCAGCUCGCACUGUCGACGUUCUCGCAGCAGUCUGGAAGCGUGAUCUCGGCUUGACGUUGACAUGAUCUGGCGCCGGCGCUUUGGAUAACAAGCUAGCAUUUGGUGGAGUUUACAGAGUACGAUCACCAGCGUCACCCAGGCGGCCAUGUUGUAUGUCACGGCGGUUUUGAUAACUACUUUAGCGAUAUCAAUUCAGUACUCACAUACCGAGUACAAAAGUUCACGACGUAGCAUGAGAUACAAAUGAUAAAAAAAAAUGCAUAUACUUAC